UGUUCCAAUGUCAAGGAUCCUUCCAAAUUUCACCGAGGACAGAGUACUCCUUUCAGAGAAAUUCCAAGGAUGCAUUCAGGUUUACAGGAUGGCAGCAGGGUGUGUAGGCGUGUCUGAGGACAGCAGCAGCAGACAACAGCAGUCAUGGAGGUGGAGGGCACUGAAGAGCCAGCCUUUGUGGACGUGGACCAGGGCUUGACUCUGGCCUGCAUUGCCUUCCUCUGCCUGCUGCUGGUAGCCAUGAUCAUCCGCUGCGCCAAGGUCAUCAUGGACCCCUACAGUGCAAUCCCCACAUCUACAUGGGAGGAACAGCACCUGGACGAAUGA